UGGCUUUCACUAAGGAUGUCUGGUCCUCGUAAAGAGUUUGACGUGAAGCAGAUUUUAAAAAUCAGAUGGAGGUGGUUUGGUCAUCAGGCGUCAGCCCCUAACUCCGCAAUUGAAAACCACCAGGGAGACUUCUGGAAUAGAGGACAACGUGUAACAACCACUGCUACCAAGUUUUUAGAUUCAGGUAACCUACCUUUAACAUCAGUUGGCUACAGAAGGUCCAGCCAACAGGAUUUCCAGAAUUCACCUCUCUGGCCAAUGGCAUCCACCUCAGAACUCCCUACAUUUGAAUUUGCAGCAGAAGACUGUGGAGGUGCACGUUGGCUUGACAGACAAGAAGCAGAUGAUAGAGCAAGUGAAGAAGAAAAUGAAUCGGACAGCAGUUCGUGCAGCAGAACUUCCAACAGCAGCCAUACCUUAUCAUCUUGUCAAACUAUGGAGCCCUGUGCCUCAGAUGAAUUCUUUCAGGCUCUCAACCAUGCUGAACAAACUUUCAAAAAGAUGGAGAAUUAUCUUAGACACAAACAGCUGUGUGAUGUGGUGUUAGUGGCUGGUGAUCGUAAAAUUCCAGCUCACAGAUUGGUUCUCUCCUCUGUUUCGGACUACUUUGCAGCAAUGUUCACUAAUGAUGUAAGAGAAGCAAGACAGGAAGAGAUCAAGAUGGAAGGUGUGGAGCCAAGUGCAUUGUGGGCUCUGGUUCAAUAUGCAUAUACAGGUCGCCUUGAAUUAAAAGAAGAUAACAUUGAGUGCCUGUUGUCUACAGCUUGCCUUCUGCAGCUGUCUCAGGUUGUAGAAGCAUGCUGUAAGUUCCUAAUGAAGCAGCUUCACCCCUCCAAUUGCCUUGGAAUCCGAUCUUUCGCUGACGCGCAGGGUUGCACUGACUUGCACAAGGUGGCUCACAAUUACACCAUGGAAAACUUCAUGGAAGUAAUUAGAAACCAGGAAUUUCUGUUGUUGCCAGCCACUGAAAUUGCAAAGCUUUUAGCAAGUGAUGACAUGAAUAUUCCUAAUGAAGAAACUAUACUGAAUGCACUACUUACGUGGGUUCGACACGAUUUGGAACAGAGGAGGAAGGAUCUCAGUAAACUCCUGGCUUACAUUAGACUGCCUCUGCUUGCUCCACAAUUUCUGGCAGAUAUGGAAAAUAAUGCACUCUUUAGGGAUGACAUUGAAUGUCAAAAACUCAUUAUGGAAGCAAUGAAGUACCAUCUGUUGCCAGAGAGACGACCUAUGUUGCAAAGUCCUCGCACCAAACCUAGAAAAUCCACAGUGGGCGUGUUGUUUGCAGUUGGAGGAAUGGAUGCAACAAAAGGAGCUACAAGCAUUGAGAAGUAUGAACUCCGUACCAAUAUGUGGACUCCUGUUGCAAACAUGAACGGCCGAAGAUUGCAGUUUGGAGUUGCAGUCUUAGAUGAUAAAUUGUAUGUUGUUGGAGGCAGAGAUGGACUGAAGACACUGAAUACCGUGGAGUGCUACAACCCCAGAACAAAAACUUGGAGUAUAAUGCCACCUAUGUCCACACAUCGUCAUGGUCUGGGAGUAGCUGUAUUGGAAGGUCCAAUGUAUGCUGUGGGAGGACAUGAUGGCUGGAGCUACCUGAAUACAGUAGAAAGAUGGGAUCCACAGGCUCGUCAGUGGAACUUUGUAGCUAGUAUGUCAACUCCAAGGAGCACUGUUGGUGUAGCAAUAUUAAAUGGAAAGCUUUAUGCGGUUGGUGGUCGAGAUGGAAGUUCUUGUCUUAAGUCAGUAGAAUGUUUUGAUCCUCAUACAAACAAAUGGACCCUCUGUGCUCAGAUGUCAAAAAGAAGAGGUGGUGUAGGUGUAACCACUUGGAAUGGCUUCUUGUAUGCAAUAGGUGGCCACGAUGCCCCAGCAUCAAAUUUAACAUCCAGGCUGUCAGACUGCGUAGAAAGGUACGAUCCAAAAACAGAUGUGUGGACUGCUGUGGCCUCUAUGAGCAUUAGCAGAGAUGCAGUGGGAGUCUGUCUUCUUGGUGACAAGUUGUAUGCUGUUGGAGGGUAUGAUGGGCAAACAUACCUUAAUACAGUGGAGUCUUAUGAUCCCCAGACAAAUGAAUGGACACAGGUUGCACCAUUAUGCUUAGGAAGAGCUGGAGCAUGUGUUGUGACUGUGAAACUGUAAAUUAUUUUCUCUAUGAAGGUGACAUUCUCCUCUGUAGACUCAGAGGAUUUUUUUUUUCCACAAGCAAACUACCAGUGCACCAGUGAAGACAAGGUGCAGGAUACCUACCAGAGCAAAGUGUUCGGUCUGAAGCUAACACAUUCAUGUUGUUCUUAAGGACUGAUACUAAGCACUUUUUAAGAAAUAAUCUUUGUUACCCAUAUGUUACAAUAUGAUCUAUUUGUAAGAAGAUCAACUGCAUCCAGCCAGUUGCCAGCAGAGGACUUCUGUUUAGGAAGUGCUAAGAAAUUAGAGAACUCAUUAUGAUAAUAAAAUGUGUAGAUCUAGGGCCUUGAUCACCCAAACAUGCAGAGGAAUGAUGCUGUAGAUGGAUGUACUUCCACUGGUAUAGUUAACUCAAUCUCUGGGUGAAGCAAGUUACAAGAGUGGAUCUCAUAUAUUUAAUUUGCUUGUAUUAAACAUGUUUGGCUGUAGGUCUCUGAGCUGUUACAAUGCAGGUUGACAAACCAAUGCAAACCAUUGUAAAUGGCAGG